GGCGUCAGUUCUGACCCUAGUAACCUCCCAGGACAUAACACGGCAGUAAAGGUGAAAAACUUUUAUUUUUAUUUAACAAGAGAAAAACUUGUUACGAAGAUUUCGGAAUCGUAGCAGUCUUAAAUAAAUCAAAUAAUGAAGAGUGUUGAAUCACAAACUAGUGGGGUGAAACCCAUGCCGAUUGCUGGACGUUUGGUUCGUGAACGAGAACGUCUUUUGGGCAUGACAGAUGAAGAACGAGCAUGGCGUGCUCAAUGGUUAAAAGAUCAACAUCUAGCUCCAGAUGAGCCUGUAUAUAAUCCAGAGUAUUAUAAACAACGUUACAAUCCUAUCAGAAGAUUUUAUCGAGCUCCUCUUGACAAACUUGAAAAUGCCAUAUUACCAAAAUAUGGUCCAGAUGUUGCCUAUUUCUGUCGACAUUUAAUUAGCAAAUCUUUUUUUGGAAUUUUGUUUCUUUAUUCAGCCGUUUAUUAUUUCAAAUACAAUCAAGGUGACUGGACGACAAAAAGUGGGUGGAGGCUUGACAAAUCGAGACCUAUUGUGCUUCCUGAUUUUCCGGGAUAUCCUAAUUAUGAAACUAAAACUGAUCGUGAAUAUGCCAAUUAUGGCUUUGAUAAAUCUCCAAUAUAAAGUUUUUUCAUAACCUUAUGUAUAAAUUGAUAGUGUAUUCAGUAAUUAAAAAUAUUAAUAUAAAAAAUGUCAAAAAUUAA